AUGGCCCGCGGCGAGCUGUACUAUGCCUUUACGCCGGAUCUCAUCGAGGACCGGAAGCGCUGCGCGAGGGCAUGCAGGAAGUUGAAUUGUGCUGAGGAUCCGACGAGGAGGGAGUUGGUUGAGAUGUGGAGGGAGAUAACGAGAGACUCUGAUCCACUUCCUGAAAGAGCUGCUACGGAAGAGCAAGAUGAGGCUCUGCUGGAAGAUUAUCCAUGGGUUGAAGGGCCCCUGAAGAUGGACUAUGGCUACAACGUAAAACUCGGUCAAAACGUCUUCGUCAACUCAAACAGCACCUUCAUCGACACGUGCCUCAUCGCCAUCGGCGCCCGCACCCUCAUCGGCCCCAACUGCAGCUUCUACUCGGGCACGCACCCGCUCGACCACCGCGUGCGCAACGGCACCCGCGGGCCCGAGUCCGGAAAGCCGAUUGUCGUUGGCGAGGACUGCUGGCUUGGAGGCGGCGUGACGGUGCUGCCGGGGGUGACGAUUGGUAAAGGGGUUGUGGUGGGCGCGGGGAGCGUCGUGACGAGGGAUGUGCCUGAGGGGGUUGUCGUUGCGGGGAAUCCGGCGAGGGUGCUGAGGAAGACGGUUUGA